GUUGGCCAGGGUCUGUCUAUCUCUCCUCGACCUCAUAUCUCCCAUCUGGGUCCUUAUACCUACCUGAUGUCAUAGCCUCGAUUAAUAUCAACACCAUAACGACUUACAAGCACAUGCGCUACAUACCGUCUCAUACGCCUCAUUGAUUCCUCCGGUGGCGUCUCACCGACCGAGUUCAGCGGCUGAACAAUCAGUCGCCCAUGUUCUUCACCAUGGCCAUCGACAAUGAUACUCGAGGGUGGAUUAUGGCAUGUAUCAGUGGUGUCGCAUGUGUAUUGGGGGCAUCUGUGAUAUGCAUCGAUACCAUUCUCCGCCUCAUCCCAGGCUGGCACGACUUCUCCAUUUCUGAGAGUGACCAAUUUCUGUCAGCAUCACUCAGUCUGAGUUUUGGAGUCAUGUUAUUUUCCGCCUUAUAUUCCAUGCUACCGCAGUCAAAGACCUACCUCAAGGAUGCCGGCUACUCACCCAGGACCGCCUCGUUCAUACUGAUCGGACUCUUCCUAGCAGGUGUUAUCGGUAUUCGAGUCCUGUCACGCAUCAUCCAUCAGUUCAUCCCUUCCCACGUUGUGGACUGCGAUCACACCCACGACGAAGAGGAGGCUUUUCCAAAGGAUCGUGAAGAGAUGGAAGAUCAUUCACAUGGUCAUGAGCAUACAAACGGCGUUCCUGUAUCAAAGUGCCGCCCGCAGACUGCGGAUGAUGAAAACACCCCGCUACUUUUGCGCUCCGACAGCUUCAGCCCCAAAAAGCGCCUCCCUGAAACGCAAGAAACUGUUGGCGACGCAGCUUGUAGACAAUCCUUUGUCACCGCACCGAGCAGUCGAAGGCCUUCGUUCAUGCCUAAGACGCUGACCCGGACCUUCUCGAAAUAUGUGACUGGUUGGAAGGAGAACUGCGACGAGAUGGGACCAUGUAUGGGUUUCUCAGACCCUUGUGGACAGGACUGCUUCAAAGUUGUGCACAGGAGAGGAUCAAUUCUCCCAGGCCACGGACCAUUCACUCGAGCCCCAACCUGGCGCACCACAGUUAACGACGUACGGGUUGCACCACUCGCAGAGGAGGACGAGAGAUCUUCCGCAAACGGCUCAACUCUACCCCAAGUCAACUCUCAUACACAAAGACUCCACGUGGGACGGUCACGAUCAUCCACCCACCAUUUCCACCACAUUGACCAUGGACACCAAGAAGAGGGUCUUCGCCGCCCUUCGCACCACUCUCACCACUCCCAUCAUUCUCAUCAGUCCAGUUCGGCCGUCGGCCAGGAGCAUCAUCAUCAUGUGCCGACAAAUGCAUUCAUGUCCAUUGGUUUACAGACCUCGGUAGCUAUAGCUUUACAUAAGGCGCCGGAAGGGUUCAUUACCUAUGCGACCAAUCAUGCCAAUCCUCAGCUGGGAUUUGCUGUGUUCAUGGCUCUCUUCAUACACAACAUCACCGAAGGGUAUGCCAUGUCUCUUCCCUUAUACCUUGCCCUUGACUCUCGAUUCAAAGCCAUCGUCUGGUCAUCCUUCCUGGGAGGUGCAUCCCAGCCAUUAGGAGCGGGCAUUGCGGCCCUCUGGUUCAAAGUGGCCAACCGGACAAGCAUGGGAGCACCCACCGAAGGGGUAUAUGGCGGCAUGUUUGCGGUCACUGCAGGGGUCAUGACCAGCGUAGCCCUUUCGCUCUUUUCCGAAAGUCUUUCGCUUUCUCACAACAAGGGCACUUGCAUUGCUUUUGCAUUUUUGGGAAUGGGAAUUUUGGGCUUCAGUUUUGCAUUGACAGCGAGCUAGUUUUGAUGGGGUGCAUGGAAAACAAAAGGUUUAUUGUUAUUGUUAUAGCGACGCAGCGAUGAGCGAUGAAUAUAGAGUUAUAUAUUAUUAUUGGAUACGGAGUACCUCAUUUUGCACUUGG